AUGUUGCAAAAUCAAUAUAUGGCAGGAUGGGUGCCAGGAUUUACUUCCGCUUUGGAAAUGGAGUUAAAUCAAGAAAAUGCCACUCCAUUUAUAACAUGUCAACUUGCCACAGUUGAUUCACAAGGAUUCCCACAUGUUAGAACUCUUGUUUAUCGAGGAUUCUUAUUUGAUGAUAAAUCUAAUAAUAUCAUUUCUCUUACUACUGAUAGAAGAAUGAGUAAAUACCAAGAAAUUUUGAAUAAUGAUAAAGUUGAAGCGGUAUUUUAUUUCCCAACAUCAAGAAAACAAUUUCGAUUUAGAGGAGUUGCUCGUAUUAUUGAUAAGGAACAUAAACCAAGAGUUGAUAUAUCUAGUAUCAGUCCUAGACAUAUUAUUGAAAAUUCUAGAUCAGCUUCAGCAUCAGAUUCAGACUCAGAUUCAGAUUCAGAUGAUGAUAAUUCAAGUAUCGAAGAAGAAACUGUAUUAGAAUUUCAAAAUAGCGCUAUUCCUCCAAUAAGUCGUCCUAUUCAUCAUCAUCUCAUAUCGCCAUCAUUAUCAACAACCUUACAACAAUAUAAAAGUGCUAAUAAUUUGUCGUACACGAAUUUACAUGAUCUUACGUCAGUUGAAUUUACUCCACCAAGUGAAGAAGAAUGGAAUCAAGAGAUUUUAAGACAAUGGUCAAAUUUGUCUAAAAAAUUAAAAUCAUCAUUUAGAAAACCAAUGCCAAAAACAAAAAUUGAUAAUGAAAAGCAAAAGCUUAUUGAUUCUAUAAGUAGAGGAGUUGAUGGGAAGAAGGAAGAAACAGGUAUGGAUAAUUUUGCCAUUAUUGCUCUUUUCACAGAUUAUGUGGAUUUAUAUGAGAUGGAAAAGGAUAGAAGAUAUAUUUAUGAAAAGGAUUCCUAUCAAAUGUGGAAGGAAAAUGAAGUAUGUCCAUAA